AUGGCAGAUGAUGCUGAUAAUACAUUGGCGAAGAAGCUGGUGGAGAACCUGCAGGGUGAUUUGCGGGCGCUAUGCAGCGAGACUAAAAAGAAGUGUCCAAAUAUUAAGGGCGUAAGCUUAGACCUUUUAUACUCAUUUUUUCGUUGUGCUCAUAUUAUCCUGCCAUUCUUGCUUGGCUGCGAGUCGAAGCAGCCGCGUCUCGUGCAGAUCAGUUUGUCGGGCCUGCACCGUCUGGUUUCUUUCCAUGCCUUAAAUGAGGUGGCAUCCGUUCAGUUGGUCGACGAGUUGUGGAGUUUAAUGGAGAGCGAAAUCGAGGAGCUGCGCAUUCUUCAGACCGUUGCUCUGCUCAUAUCGCCCGAACGUGUCGUCAGGGGUGAGGCACUUGCAAAGUGUCUCGUCAUAUGUUUUCGUCUGAACUUCACGAAAGACCCAACGGUGGUUAACACAGCGUCAGCAACAGUGCGACAGCUUGUUUGUCAAGUGUUCGAGCGAUUGAGGCUUGAGAAGCCGAGAGAGCUUAAAAUUAACCGAGCCAGGCCACCUCAGGCAGUCAGUCCAUUCGUUAGCGACGCUAUUAUGCUGUUUCAGGAUCUAUGCAGACUGAUCAAUGGUGAACCUCCGUUUUGGUUAAAAAACAUAACGGAAAUGACCCGUACAUUGGGACUAGACAUUUUGGAAAUGAUUCUUGUUCAAAGUAGCACCGAAUUUCUGAAGCGCCCCGAAUUUACAUUCCUGAUCAAAGACCAAGUGUGUCCCAUGUUGAUCAGAUUGUUUUCGAACAUGAAACAUUCAGCCGGUCAACAGCAUCAAAUGUACGCUCAUCCUCCGCCAGAGGUGGUUUCAGACAAGCCGUAUUUUCCGGUCACGCUUCGUCUCCUGCGACUGAUGGGUCUCCUGAUCACCCGUUAUUACGUUGUGUUGACGACUGAAUGCGAAAUUUUCCUUUCAUUGCUGAUCAGGUUUUUGGACGAAGAAAAGUUACUCUGGCAAAGAGCGCUUGCCAUUGAGCUGAUCGAAAAAAUUGCCUCUUACCCGGAACUAAUCAAUUUACUAGCAGUUUUCGAUGCCGUAGGCAAGAAUGAUAAUCUCCUGUAA